AUGAAACGCAGAUAUGCAACCAUGCUUCGGUGCAGGUUUCUGAUAAUGCCAUUUCAGUCGUUCCAUAACACUUGGGAUAUUCUCUUCAUAAUCAGCUUGCUUCAUUUUAGCAUCACUGUAGAUGCCUUUUCCAUCCUCAGCACCACGAGCAAGAACACAAAUCCAGUUCUGAAUUCUCCUGACGCAUUCCUCAGCAAUGAUGAUCAUAAGCAUGCCCCCACCUAUUCAUUUUCCGUUCCUUUGAUCAACAAAAGACCAAAGCCAGAAUCCUUUGGGGAUAAAUUCAUUGAAUUGUGGAACGAUCCUCGACCGGUGACUAGCUUAGUAGGUAAUGAUCGAACCACAGUCGGUAACCGAAUUACUUCUGAAGGAGAGUCGGAAGAAAUCCCUUACUGUAUACUGAGUGAGGAAUUUGAUAUUGGAACAGAAUUAUUUCAAAUACUAUUGUAUCCAAGAGGACGAUAUGUCAGUGGGUCUGGCAGCGUUGGUGGUAUUGCAUCAGCCUAUCUUCGGUAUCUACCAAAAGAAUAUGGUGAAGAACUGGAUGUUUCCUGGAAUUUGCAAUUGUGCGUAUCCAAAGAGAAUACCGGUGCUGCAGAUGGCGAUGAUGAUAUGGAAAUACUAUCAAUCUCUACUUCGGGUGGACUGCCCAAAUCCAACACUACCUGGUCGGCCGCCAUGACCUUUUGUCACGAAUUGGAAGCAGUGGAAUCCGUCGGCCGAGCGACCGAUUGGGGAUCGAGCAUAUGGAGUGCUGGUGAAGUGUGCCAAGGCCUAGGUCGAAUAUGUGCCAGAGGAAAUAUUACAGUCUUUGACAAGCGACAAAGUGGGAUUUCCUUUUCCUUUCCUCCCAAGGGUGCCUUGGGUGAUGUCCUUCGGUCAUCCAACCAACCAUUGUCCUCCCGCGAAUUUCGGGCUGGCGAAGUGAUCGUACCCCGUCCCAUGGAGGAAGGAAGCAUUCAAGCCGAGAAACUGAAAGAAAGUUUUGUGUAUCCUGGCAUUGACUACCGCAUCAUGACCAUGACGGACGGGAAUGGAAACCAACUCUUCUCCACAUCUUCUCUGUCAAGCCAAGAGGAAAAGAACCGAGCGAAGCUAGCUCUAAGGCCGUGUGGAUGGAAGCUUCAGCGACAACUUUGGCAACGAAAUGGAAUGACUCAAGACUGGCCGAUGGAAGUCGACGCGGAACUCCUUGCCAAUGUGACGUCUACUCGUUUCAAUAGGGAUUCGGCCAUUCCUCGAAUCACGGCAGCCUUUCAGCGUGAAUGGGAGGCCUAUGCGUUGGCCUUGGCGGUUGCUAUCAUGCCCAUUCCAGUAGCACUGUUUUUGAGAACCUUCGUGUCCUUGUAUGCCAUUCCCAGUGCAAGCAUGGAACCUACAUUGCUGCGGGGCGACGUCUUGCUUGUGGAAAAGCUACCAGGGGUGUACGAUCGCACCCAGCGAGGAGAUGUAGUGCUUUUUCGACCGCCACCUUCUCUGACGGACUUGAUUGCCUCAUCAAGUCCUCAAAGUCGACCCAUUUCUAGAACAUCCCUCUUUGUGAAACGCUUGGUGGGAGUUCCAGGUGACAAGAAUAUUCGAUUGGACGAUGAGACGAGGGAGGUGACGAUUGAUGGCAAGCCAUCAAUGGGACCCAAUCGAGAUUUGUGCGAAGAUGAACCACUAAGACUAAUUGAUAAGAUGCUAAAAAACGGAAAGGGGAGAAAUGUUGCUGAGCUUGGAGAGGAUGAAGCCUAUGUGGUAGGUGAUUGCAAGGCCGUAUCGGUCGAUUCUCGUGUGUUCGGUGUAUUGCCCAAGGAAAACAUUGUUGGCAAACCGGUAGCGAGGAUCUGGCCACUAGAUCGCAUUCAGCUAUCCAACAAAUUUUGA